AUGCCAACGCAAAUCGGUAACUUGAGAAAUCUCGGAAAGCUGAACUUAUCAGAAAACAAAUUAUCAGGAGGAAUUCCAGAAACUCUUGGCAGUUUCGAAGUGUUGGAAUUCCUUUCGCUUGCGGGAAAUCAUUUUGAAGGUAUUAAACUUCAUGAACGUGGAGGGAAUAAGAGUUUCCAAGCAGAAUGUGAAGCGCUCAAGAACAUUCGCCAUCGCAACCUCGUCAAGAUAAUCACAUCUUGCUCAAGCACCGAUUUUAAGCGCAAUGAUUUCAAGGCUUUAGUUUUCGAAUUCAUGGAAAACGGGAGCUUAGAUAACUGGUUAUACCCAGGAAGUCUUCAUGAGCAACAGAGAACUGCGAGCUGGAACCUCAUUCAACGUGUAAAUAUCGCCAUUGAUGUGGCCUCUGCAUUGGAUUAUCUUCACUAUCAUUGUGAAGAAGCUAUCAUUCACCGCGACUUAAAGCCAAGCAAUGUUCUUCUUGAUGCUGAUUUUUGUGCCCAUAUCAAACAAUCAACCGCAAUCAAGUUGGCGUUGGAGGAACAAUUGGAUAUGUUGCUCCAGAAUAUAUAUGGUAUGGGUGAAGAGAUAUCAACACAAGGUGAUAUAUAUAGCUAUGGAGUGUUACUACUGGAAAUGUUCAUCGGAAAAAGACCAACUGAUUGCAUGUUCAGUGACAAUCUUAGCCUCUCUGGUUACACAAAAAUGUUUCUUCCGAACAAGGUAUUAGAGAUUGUCGAUCCCCAGAUCAUAUUGGAAGAAGAAAGGCAUCCAACUAGGAAUAGGCAAACUAUCACACCAAACACUAAUAAACUUGAUGUUUGCAUGCCUAGUUUCUAUCCUUCAAAUUGGUGUUUCAUGUUGUGCUGCACUGCCCAAUGA